AUGGAUACUUCAUCGCGUCACGCCGUGAGUCCACCCAUAUCCGUCAUGAAGUUUCGUAAUGCUGGACGUCGUCUGGUGUCCAUCCAGGCGGACGUUAGUCACCUUUGUUGGAAGUGCACGGUGUGCACGGAUGUCGACGCCAUGGUAGUAUCUUGGGUUAAGGCUUGCGACUUGUAG